UAUUAGUCUUCCUCCCUAACUUUACCUUUUCUUCUUCUUCUUGUUCUUCUUCUUCUUCUUCUUGAAGAACCCUAAAAUAAAUAACUAAUGGCGAUUUUACCAGAAAACUCUUCAAAUUUGGAUCUUACUAUCUCUGUUCCCGGUUUCUCUUCUUCUCCUCCCUCCGAUGAAGGAAGUGGCGGAGGAAGAGAACAGCUAAAGCUAGACAUGAAUCGAUUGCCCUCGUCUGAAGACGAUGAAGAACUCAGCCACGGUGGCUCUGCUCCUACGCGCAAGAAACUCCGUCUUACUAGAGAACAGUCUCGUCUUCUUGAAGAUAGUUUCAGACAGAAUCAUACUCUUAAUCCCAAACAAAAGGAGGCACUUGCAAAGCAUUUGAUGCUACGGCCAAGACAAAUUGAAGUUUGGUUCCAAAACCGUAGAGCAAGGUGGUUUGGCUCAUUAACCGAACAAAACCACAGGCUCCACAGAGAAGUAGAAGAGCUUAGAGCCAUGAAGGUGGCCCCACUCACGAUGACCUCAGCCUCGAGCCUCACCAUGUGUCCUCGCUGCGAGCGAGUCACCACUGCAGCGAGCCCCUCGAUGGCGACGGUGGCGGCUCCGGCCAAGAAAAAGCUUCGGCCGCAAGAGUGUGAGCAU